CAAUGGUAUAGUUUGGAUCAACAUUUUGAUGUUUUCUAAACUUUCUGGUUACGGAAGUUUUCAGAACUAGGUCUGGUUUAGCCAAAUCUAAACUAGUAACCACUGUGAGAAUUAAAAGUUAAGCCUGGCAAUGUCUAGACCUAAUUAGAUAUCAUUAACGUAAAAGAAGAAGUACAAAAGUAAAGAAAACAAUCAUAGCAGUAAAAGUAAUUUUGUAAAUUGUUAAUAGCAAAAUGUGUGAAAAACAAUUGAAACUUCAGAUUGUCAUAGUAGUUUUAUGUGUAGUUGUUAAAGGACUGCAUGCUUUUGAUGAUAGUCUUCUUUUUACGGUGACACGAGCACCCCGCUAUUUUGGAAUUUUACAAGACCAUCGUGGACAACCGCUUUCAGUGGAGAUUUCCGAAGAGUACAUGGACCAGGAUUAUAUUGCUACAAACAGAAAGAGGCAUAAAAUCAAUUGGAACAAAAAUCCUCUGGAUAUGGAUGACUUUGACGAUGAUGAAACAGAUGAAGCAUUUGAUGAAAAGGACAAAGACGUAAAAUUACCUAGCCAAUUUAAUUUACAGGCAGGCCCAGUGUAAACUAUUUUAGAAAAAUAAAACUUAGAUUAUAUAAGU